AUGGGGAAAAUAGCCAAAAGAAUUCGAGAAAUUAAAGAGGGAAUUAGGAAUGAUGAAAACUUAACUCGAGGGAGAAGGGGGUUUGUUCGUGGAAUAAAAGCAUUACCUUCAUCGACAGCGAGAUAUUUGGUUCAGAAGAUUCCUUUUGUACGUUGGCUCCCGAAUUACGACCCGAGGUGGUUGAUGGACGAUAUAAUCGCUGGAGUUACGGUCGCGUUAGUUUUGGUCCCACAAGCCCUAGCCUCUGCAGCCAUUGCUGGCGUACCAUUACAACAAGGCCUAUUAGCUAGCUGGCUGCCAUCAGCUAUAUACUUCUUCAUGGGCACUUCGAAAGAUAUUGCCACGGGGCCUACGACAUCUAUAAGUUUACUUACUAACGCGGCUGUGUUAUCUAUUACUGCUCAAGAUCUUCCGAUACCACCAGCUCUCAUCGCGUCCUCUCUCUCGUUCUCGAUAGGAGCUUUGUCUCUACUCUUUGGACUUCUGAACCUCGGAUGGGUCUUAAAUUUUGUAACGGUCCCUAUGCUAGUUGGAUUUCAAAUGUCAGCGGCGUUAAUCAUCGUUCAAGGCCAGAUUCCCCUGAUACUUGGAGAAUCAGGCGUGGGUCAGAUCUUCUCACGACAAGUGAUGGAAAUUCUCAGGAACAUUGGGACUACUCAACCACUAUCUCUAGCUGUGGGUGUGACCUCAAUGGUAAUUAUCGUUUCGUUAAAGCUUAUGGGUAAGAAGUGGGGUCACAAGAGUAACAUUAUCAAAGUCCUAUCGAAUCUUCGGAACGCUUUUGUGAUUGCUGUUUUUACCGGGGUGUCCUUUGUUAUCAAUAGAGAGCUCAUUAUUCCACAAUUUCCAAUCGCUGGAACGGUUCCUCGAGGGAUCCAAUCUCCCCAAUCUCCCACCAAGAUUGUUCUGCUCGUUGCUACGAAGGCAUUUCCCGUGUUCAUAGCCGCCGCAGCCGAGCACUUGAUCUUCGCGAAAUCUUUCGCUCGUCAACACAACUAUGAAAUUGAUGAAUCUCAAGAGCUUGCAUUCCUUGGCACCGCAAACAUUGUGAAUGGCGUUUUUGGUGGAAUGCCAGUAUCGGGGUCGCUUUCUCUUUCAGCAUUAAAUUCCGCGACUGGUGUAAGAUCGCCCCUGAGUGGGCUAUUCUCAGCCGGAAUUGUUUUUCUUGCCAUCAACGAAUUAACUGAAACCUUCAAAUGGAUACCGACUGCCGUAACCAGUGCCGUUAUCCUAGUCUCUGUAGGGGAGAUUUUACCUCCGAACAGUAUUGUUCUCACAUACUGGAAAGGAUCAUUCGCCGACUUUAUCGGUUUUUUUAUCGUGAUGAAUAUUGCACUGGUUACAAGCUUGGAGAUUGCUCUUGGGCUUGGCGUGGUUUAUAUGAUCUUCUAUACUCUCUUACGGACGUUAUUUUCCUCCGUUACUGCAUCAAACCCCCUUGAUAUUGAGAAUAGAUACAGCUUCACCGAUGUGGAUAAAAUGAGGAUACCACUCCCUAGCGGCCUGGUACCUCAAGGAACUCAAGUUAUCACAAUAGAAACGUCUCUCAUUUACCUAAAUGCCGAGCGAAUAAAAAAAGAUAUCUUAGAAGUUGUCUGGACGACCCAUGAGCCGACCCAGUACGGACCAACAGACCGCAAAGGAUGGAGCGACUAUCGCCUUCGACGAACCGCCGCACUCCGUCGCAGGAGCAACAUCAAUACACCAACUAGAUUUCUUCCAAAGCUUGAAGUCCUCGUAUUCAACUUCACACGAGUCUCAUUUAUUGACACCACCGGUCUCACCUACCUCCAAGAGCUGAAAGAUGAAAUUGUGGCCUACAGUGGUGAUGCCGUAGAAUUGCGCUUCGUAGGCAUGAGUGCCGCUGUGCAGAAAAAAUUCACAAGAGUCGGCUGGUCGUUGGGAACUUAUGAAGAAUCACAAAUUGGACUAGUGUCGGGAAUUGAUAUUAUAUUUGAGGACAUACAUGAUGCGGUCGCUGUACCGAGGUCAGUAAGAGCGUCGAUGAAUGGAUUAGAUUUUGGGUUCAUGAAUACGAGAAAUGAUAUGGAGCAAGAUACAGAUGAGGAGGCUUCUCAAAAGGGGAUGAUGAAUGUUAUUAUUACGAAUGUUAUGACGAAAGAUGGGAGGGCUUUUAAAGAGAAGUUCUGA